AUGUUGUCGGUUGUGCUUAGCGCGACAACAAUAACAAUGAAUCGAGGAGAGCAGGAGACUCUCUACCGGCAGUCACGUAACUUGAGACUGCUAACUGACGCAAAGGCACAACAAGAAAUUGUCGGCGGGCAGCAGCGCAAGCUGUCUGGAGUGCACAAUCGGCACCAUUCCUACGGCAACAUACACCAACUAAACACACAUAUGAAAGCGGGCAACUCCAAGUCAUGUUCGGAAGCGGAGCAAAGUCAGCCCUUUGUGCGCGAAAACUUCGUCCUGAGUGUCCUCAAAAGCCCGUUGCGUGGCACUGGCACGUCAUCUGCCACAAAUGCUCCGUCAGCGACACUUUGUACGCAGCACGAGAACGACGAUGAGCCGCCGCAUUCGCAUCAUCUCAGUCCCGAACGCCCGCCUCCCGACUACCUCUCGUUGCAAAACUCCGAAGACGAGUUAGUCGACGUCGAAUCCGCCAUCGAAGUCACCAAGUUAGAUAGGUCACAAUCAAAUUCGCCGCGCGCUCUGAACUUUUUCAAGCGUUUCCGCUCAAAUCGUGCACAAAAGGCUGACACAUUGUCGCAUCAUCAUCCGCAUCAUCAUCACAGACACAUAUCAACGACGCCUCUUCGUCGCAAGGGUUGCAGUCGGAGCAAAUCCAAGGAUAUUUUAGAUGGCGUCUCGGUUGCAGCAGAUCCCGAUGAUUUGGGCAUCAGCGAAGACGGGCCUUCAGACACAAAUACGCAAAAGGAGCCCUUGGGGAUUCCGGAUCCUUAUUAUCCCAUUGCACUUCCCAUUGACCAGCAGUACAAGACAAAGUACGCGUUUCAUCACAAACGAGGACGCACGUUUCAGGAACGACUGUAUGUUUUUCUGGAACAUCCCGUCGGAUGGAUUUGCUUCAUUUAUCACAUUCUGGUGUUUAUGCUGGUAUUAGUUUGUCUCAUCUUUAGUGUGCUUUCGACGAUAGAACAAUACAUGAAUUUUGCGAAUGAAACGCUUUUCUGGAUGGAAAUCUGUUUGGUUGUAUUUUUCGGCGUGGAAUAUUGCAUACGACUGUGGUCUGCCGGAUGUCGUUCAAAGUACAUGGGAUUCUGGGGCAGGAUGAGAUUUGUCCGAAAACCCAUUUGUAUUAUUGAUUUAAUUGUGGUUGUCGCAUCAAUGGUUGUGCUGUCUGUCGGCUCAAAUGGACAAGUUUUCGCAACAAGUGCCAUCAGAGGUAUACGUUUCCUACAAAUAUUGCGGAUGCUGCAUGUUGAUCGGCAGGGAGGUACCUGGCGUCUCCUUGGAUCCGUAGUCUUCAUACACAGACAAGAACUUAUAACUACCCUCUACAUCGGCUUUUUGGGUCUUAUCUUCAGUUCCUACUUCGUGUAUCUAGCGGAAAAGGAUGCCGAAGUCCCAGCAGGCCGAGAAGGGUUUAAAAGUUAUGCCGACGCUCUGUGGUGGGGCGUAAUUACUGUCACCACAAUCGGUUACGGCGACAUUGUCCCGCAAACGUGGCUGGGGAAAAUUGUCGCGUCAUGUUUUAGCGUGUUUGCGAUAUCAUUUUUCGCUUUGCCAGCGGGAAUACUUGGUUCGGGCUUCGCACUAAAGGUACAGCAGAAACAGCGACAAAAGCAUUUCAAUCGACAAAUACCGGCAGCAGCGAUGUUGAUUCAGUGUUUGUGGCGAUGCUAUGCGGCGGACAAGGGCUUUCACAGCGAUGCAACGUGGAGCAUUUAUUUGCGGGACGACGAGGAAGGACGUGGCAACAACACUUCUUCGAUGAUGCUGCCGGCGCAACUCGGAAAGAACCUAAUGGUACAGGUUGGCGGCUUUGUGGCGAAACGCGGAGCAUCUGUGCUAAAACGCCGAAAAUCCCGAAAUCGUAUGGAACGACCAUCGACGACAACGGCACCUGGGGCGGCAGCGACAUCAGCUGAAAAUACGCAACAAACACCCAACACGCCAAAUACCGUCGAAUCGCAAAUCAGUAAAAGCGAGUCGGAUGGCGAUGUGGUGUUUUAUAUGGAGGAGCCGAGAGCUGGAACUCCCAAUCGUGCACGACGCGGCGAAACAGUCCGUGGAUGCUUUGUCAGCCAAAAUAGUUCAGUGACGGAGGCCCCAAGUGACGAAGUCGAGCCGGAACAAGAAGCCGACGACGAAAUUGAGCCAGCACGAGUAACACAAUUAACCGACGCACACCGAAAUGCCAUUCGUGCUAUUAGGAAAAUAAAGUAUUUCGUUGCACGAAGAAAAUUUCAACAAGCUCGUAAGCCAUAUGAUGUACGUGAUGUCAUCGAACAAUAUUCGCAGGGCCAUCUAAAUAUGAUGGUUAGGAUUAAGGAAUUACAACGUCGCUUAGACCAAACACUCGGCAAGCCAGGCAGCUACUUGGCAGGCAUCGAUCGCGUUGGCAACGUCAAACCAAUGACUGUCGGUGCGCGUUUGUAUCGCGUCGAACAGCAACUUUCUGUGAUGGACAAGAAGUUGGACCAGCUGGUUCACACGCUUAACCAAAUAGCGCACCUUCCGCAUCCGAAACAACACACAAUACAGAGUGCUAGUUGCGCCGCCAGUUCAUCUAGUACCGCAAGUAAUAUGACGCCGUUGCAAUUGCCACCUGUUCCGAGCAAUUCGCAGCAACAUUCUCCCGUUCCGCUGGCAUCCAUUGAGGACGAUGUGUAAGAAAAAGCUUUUUACUCUUAAAAAAAAUAUAAUAAUUAAUUAUUAAAUAAUUAAAAUAAAUUUAAUUAUGAAAA